CUGUACUAAUCUCUACCUCAAAACAGAUAGAUAGAUAACCUUUGAAAAUUUGUGAUACCUUGCUUCUGUUUCGUUUAGUGGAUUGAUUAUUUCUUUGUUCGCUUGCUUCACGGAACAAUGGAGGAGGAUUCAGACAAAAUACGAACAGAACAAAUACAACAACAUGCCAUUGAAAUUACCCUGGAAGCUAUGAAUCUCUAUUCAACUCAUGAUCAAAUAGCUGAUUAUAUUGCAAAAGUAUUCAAAGAUACAUAUUCCGGUUGUUGGCGAUGUACAGUCGGGACAACAUUUGGAAGCUUUGAUACAUGUGAUUCAGAAUAUUGUUUUCAAUAUUAUGUGGAUAAAUUAGCAUUUCUACUGUAUAAAUCAAAUUAA